AUGAUGAAUUCAACUUGGUUGAAAUUUAUUCUUUUGAUUGUGAUGUUUGCUGUUACUUUUGGCGCGGGAAUGGUGCCAGUAAAAGUACUGAAAAUUCUUCGGAAGCAUGCAGCCUCAGCAUCUACAUCCGCGAAGCAGCGAAACGUCUCGUUAGUGCUGUGUUUACUUACUUGUUUUUCUGGUGGUGUUUUCUUCGCCACGUGUUUUUUACAUCUCUUUCCGGAACUCACUGAGCAUCUUCAUGAGAUGAAAAAAGAAUAUGGGUUUUCUGUGUCAUAUCCCCUGGCUGAAUUAUUGUCGUGCAUAGGAUUUUUUCUCUUAUUUUUUGUCGAAGAAGUCAUUUUGCUUCUUUUACCCGGUGCUGGUCAUUUACAUGCUCCGACAGGUGCUCAAAUUGCUGAAAGUUUCUGUGAACGAAACCAUGACGUUGAUCACUGUUGCCAUGAAAGUGUUAAUGUCGAUGCUUCCUCGAAAACUUGCUUGUCAUGUGGUCCUAAAGACGAGGACUCGUCUAGAAAAGGAUUACUAUGCACAAUAAAUUCAUCUAAUCGAGCACCAGCGGGUGGUCAGCGCGUUAACAAAGGAUCUGAUUAUGGACAUCCUGCAGAUGGAAAAGACUCAACGCCUUUGCUCCAAAAUUAUGCAUACAGUGGUGGAUAUGGUACUAUGAUCCGGAAAUCUUGUGGUCAGGAAUCAUCAGAUAAAGGAAAGACAUUGACAUUGGCUGAACCAGAAGCAUGUGAACGAAACUGCGAUAGUGUUAAAGAAGAUCCACCAAUUUUGAUGAAAAGUCGUCCUCAUGCUCAUAGCCAUGGUGUACGUAGUAUCACAUUCGUCCUGGCAAUAUCGUUUCAUUCAAUCAUUGAGGGUCUCGCUUUCGGUGUUCAGACUGAUAACGCUCGAAUUGUGACACUGUUUAUAUCGUUAAUGGUGCACAAAAUCAUUGUUGCAUUUUCGGUUGGUCUGCAGUUGGGCCGCACUCACGCACAUGCUUUAGGAUGGGUGUGCCUUAGUAUGGCCCUUUUUUCGAUCAUGUCACCUUUUGGCGGUUUUAUUGGUACAUUUGUUCAAAGCUCACAAAUGGAUACACAAGUGAAAGCUCUGACAAUACUUACUUUUCAAGGAGUUGCUGUUGGUACAUUCAUUUAUGUCACGUUUUUUGAGGUUUUGUUACACGAACGAGAUAACGAGCAUCCGAAUCUUUUAAAACUUAUUUUUAUGUUGAUAGGAUUUGCAUUGAUUGGUGGGCUGCGGUUUUUUGACAAUCAUUCCCAUGAACAUUUUGAUGGAUCUCUUCAAAACCAUGGAGCUCUUGUCAUCACCUCAACCCCAUAG